GUACUAUAACUCAAGGAAAAAAAAACCAACUUAAGUACUAAAGUCUAAAGAGUAGAAUUAACCGAUAGAUUAAUGGGGAGCAAAGAUUUAGCACUAGGAAAUGUGAAUGAGGAUGCUGAGCUCCUCCAAGGCCAGGCCGAGGUGUACAAGCACCUCUUUGCCUACGCAGAUAGCCUUGUGCUAAGAUCUGCUGUUGAGCUUCGCAUCGCCGAUAUCAUUCACUCGCAUGGCCAAGCAAUGAGCUUAUCUCAAAUAGCCUCAAAAAUAGCUUCUUCUUCCCUUAAUAUCAUGUGUCUUGAACGAGUCAUGCGUAUGCUCGUUCGAAAGAAAAUCUUCACCGCUCAUUGUAAUGAACAACCAUCAGGGGAAACCUUAACAUUGUAUGGUCUAACCACAACCUCUAUGUGGCUCUUGCAUGAUCAAGAGCUUAGCCUAGCUCCUGCAUUUCUAACCUUCACCGACCAUUCGUUCACGAAACCAUGGUACGAGAUUAGUCGUUCGAUCAAGGAUGGUGGGAUUCCUUUUGUGAGGGCUCAUGGGGAGUCCUUUUGGGAAAUGACAUCUAACAAUCCCGAGUUUAAUAAGUUGUUUAACCAUGGCAUGGCCACAAUUACUAAACAUACCUUAGAUGCUAUCAUAAAAGGGUAUAAGGAUGGAUUUAGUGAGUUAGAAGGCACUCUUGUUGAUGUUGGGGGUGGCAUUGGAAGGUUAGUGGCCAAUAUUGUUAAAACAUACCCUCAUAUUAAAGGCAUUAAUUUUGAUGUGCCUCAUGUUGUUGCUAAUGCUCCCUUACAUCCCGGUGUCACCCAUGUUGGUGGUGACAUUUUUAAGGAGAUCCCAUCUGCCAGGAAUAUAAUUAUUAAGUCCGUUUUACAUGAUUGGGAUGAUGAGGACUGCUUAAGGAUCCUAAAAAACUGUCAAAAAGCAGUAUCCCAGAAAAAGGGAAAUAAGGUGAUAAUUGUUGACAUCGUUCUUCAUCCUGAUGGAGAAGGGCUGUUUGAUGAUGCAGCCAUUACCCUUGAUAUGUUGAUGAUGACAAAUUGCAUUGGUGGCAAAGAGAGGACUGAAAAUCAAUGGAAUAAAUUGUUGAAAGAAGCUGGAUUUACACACCUCAACAUCAUCCCUUUACCAACUACAAUGUCACUGUCCAUUAUUGAGGCCUUUCUUCACUAAUCAAGUGUUGCCAAAUCCUCCUAGCCUCCCCCCUCUCUCUCUUUUUCCUAUAAAAUCCUAGCCUCCCUUACCCUUUCUUCAUCAGUUACGGACUGUCAUGGAUGAUUUCAUCCAUGGGAAUCCCGUUUUCCACUUUUAUUUCCAGUUAUUAGUUCAUUUUCUUGUUUUGUUGAAUAAAUUAGUAUCUCUUUAUGAGAUUUCUUCAAACCCUAUUAUAGGUUUUUUAAUCUCUAUUAUGGAGAUCUCCUUCUCUCCUAUGGGAGUUGUGAGUAUGGUUUUUUAUUUUUAGGUAUGAGAAAUUGUUCUUAUUAGUUGAAGCUCGAGACUCAACAUGUAAGGUAUUGAAAUUUCGGAUGCGGUUAACCUGGCUCGAUCAAGAAUACUCUUCCCAAACUAUGUCAAAAUUAUAGAAUUCCUCAUCAAUAGCUGUUAUGUUUGACUCAGCAAAUACAAAGGGCUGCGUUGUAUUGCUCGAUCUGGUUCAUUAUAAUUUCUUCGAAGACGAAUUUUAUUUAACCUUGUUUAAUUGAAUUUGAUUUUUCUUUAAUAUCUAUUGUAGAUGUCGUUUGACCUUCAAUUAAUUAAAUUUUUCUUUAA